AUGCAGUUAAAUGAAAACGAAGAAAAAAUAAUAAAAGACUUAUUCAAGAAAGUAUGAUCUUAUUACUUAAAAUAAAGGUUACAUAAUAUUAUAAAGAGUAUAUGUCUAUACCAGAUGAUGGUGAUAUUCCUAAUUAACAUUGUGUAGAUGAUAUUGCAGCAGCAUUUAGAAUAAUUUGUUAAAUUGUUGAAUCAUUUUUGAUAGGUUAUAAAUAAUUAUAACAUCAGCAUAUUUUAUUAGAAAAAAAAUUAGUAGAAGCUGAAUCAGAAAUAAGAAAUCAUAUAAGAGUAAAUCUUUGAAUUAUAACAGAUUUAACAAGAAAUAAAGGUUUGGGGAGAUUCUUUACAAGAUGAAAUCAUAACUUUACAAUAAAAUUUAAAACGAUAGAAAGUAAAAGUGAUGGUAAAAAACCAUUUUAAUGAAAUCUUAAGACACUUGAAAGAGAAUUAAGCUAAUAGAAAAAUUAUAAAAAUCCAUGUACAAGUUAAGAAAGAUUACCAACUGAAACAACAACGUAAGAUAGAUAGGAAAAAAUGUUGAGUUUAUUAUCAUCUCAAAAAUCCAGAUAAAUACAAGGUUAAGGAUUUAAAAAGAAAAAUAUAUAACUUUAAUAUUUUGAAGAUAAAUAGUAACAUAUUUUAUAUAUUAUAAGAAACAAGUCUUUUACACAUCUUGCAUAAUAAUUCUUGAAUUCAUCAUUAUCCAAAACAUUAAGAUCUGGAAUAGUCACUUAAAAAAAGAAAAAAACUACUAUAAAAUAGGCUAAAACAAAUUAAGUCAAUUUAAAAAUUAGAAAUCAAAGAUGCCAUUCAUAAUAAGAAAGAGUAAAAACCUUACAUGAUUAAUCAUUUUACUAUUGA